AUGGCAUCCACACCCGAAAAGACAAUAGAGGCCGACGAAAAGGCCGCCUCGCCCAGCACAAGCAGCGUCACCAACAUCAACGAGAAAGCCCUACUUCGCAAACUAGACUUUCGUCUCCUCCCACCACUAACCAUCCUAUAUCUCUUAUCAUUUCUCGACCGCAGCAAUGUGGGAAACGCCCGACUCGAAGGCAUGGCCACCGAGAUCCACAUGUCAGGAGACCAAUACCUCACCGGCUUAACCCUCUACUUCAUCGGCUACGUCCUCUUCGAAGUUCCCUGCAACAUUGUCUUGAAGAAAACCACACCCAGGAUCUGGCUCCCCACAUUAACAUUAGUCUGGGGUAUUGUGGCGACGCUUCUGGGCGUGGUGCAGAAUUAUGCGGGAUAUCUGACUUCGCGAACUGCCCUCGGCAUAGCAGAAAGUGGCCUCUUCCCCGGCGUCGUCUUCUACCUAUCAAUGUGGUAUAAACGCAACGAGCAACACUACCGCGUAGCUCUAUUCUUCAGUGCUGCUUCUUUAGCGGGUGCUUUUGGAGGGAUUCUAGCAUGGGGCAUAGCCCACAUGAAAGGUUUAGGCGGAUACAGCGGCUGGAGAUGGAUCUUCAUCCUGAAAGGAACAAUAAAGGAAGGCCUCCUAACAGUCCUCAUGUCCAUCGGCGCCUACUUCUGGGUCUACAACUACCCCUCAACAGCCGAAUUUCUGACCCCCGAGGAGCGUCAAUUCAUCCAAUUCCGUCUGAAGAACGACAACGACUCGACCCGCGACGAGCAAUUCACCUGGAGUGCUGUCUUCGACGCCUUCAAAGAUAUCAAGGUCUGGUUAUACGGAUUAGCAUUCCAUACAAUGUCACUUCCACUCUACACUCUAUCUUUGUUCAUGCCAACAAUCAUCUCCGCCCUAGGCUACACAUCCGCGCAAGCCCAACUCCUCACCGUCCCGCCCUACGCCGUUGCAUUCGUCCUAACCAUAACCGUCGCCAUUCUAUCAGAGCGCACGCACCGGCGUGCACCCUUCAUUCUGGGUUCUACGGCACUAGCAUGCAUCGGCUAUAUCCUUCUACUAACUGAUCAUCGACCUGGGGUCUCCUACCUGGGGACGUUCUUCGCUGCAGCGGGGAUCUACCCCGCCGUGGCGAUUGUGUUGUCGUGGCCGGCGAAUAAUGUCUCUGGCCAGACGAAGAGGUGCAUUGCGAAUGCGAUGCAGAUUUCCAUUGGGAAUUUGGGCGCUGUGUUGGGGACGCAGUUGUAUCGGACGGAGACGAGUCCGAGGUAUUUUCUGGGUCAUGGGUUUGCGUUGGGGUAUUUGGUGGCCAAUUUGGUGGUUGUGGGGGUGUUGUGGGAGGUGCUGAGGAGGGAGAAUAGGGCUAAGGCGGAGGUGAGGGAGAGGGAGGGAAUGGAGGCGUUGAUGGGGGGUGUGGGGGAUGCUGAGGGGGACUUUUUGGGGGAUAGGGAUCCGAGAUGGAUUUUUCAGACGUAG